UCGUAAUUGUUUGCUCAACUAUUUUAUCAUCUCAGUGACCCCUGGCACUUCAACGGUCGCACGCAAUUUUGCUUAGAGAUUUGUAAACUUUGCUUUCGAAAGAAAUCUCGUGAGCUUUAUUUGAGCAAAAUUUUCUAAAAAUGUUUUUUAAGUUUUAGAACAACUAAAAAGUUAACGAGUAUCGUCAUUUAAAACAGCAGCAAGCUCAUAGUUUGAACAAAACUUGCUGCAUUUCCUGUCAUAUUCCAGAGUUAUAAGUUGAAAUAAACACAAACAAUUUGAAUCAUUCAGUUAUAACGUAAAUACCUUAAAACCUCGAUAUGAAAACAUCAGUCAUUUUCAUCUUAAUCUACGUCAUCAAUAAAUCCUGGUGUCAGGAUGAAACAGUGUUUCACUGCUCUCCCAAGCCUGGUUGCCAGAUCGCACAAUGUCAUCCUGUUGCUGUAGGUUGGGACAGACCAGGCUUCAACAUUAAUGAACAUCUACAUGACAAGGAAUUCCCGAUUACAUGCAAAUCAAAGAAAACGACAAAGUCCGGAAAUAAUAAAGACUUGCUUCCAAUUAUAUCUAGAAAUAUUUUAGAUAUUAGCAACGUCAAAUCAGAAUUCAAAGAGUUGGAAGAAAACGUAGAAGUAAAAAUGAAAAGCAUUCGGAGCUUUGCGAAAGAAAUUUCAAAAAUUCGCGAGAUACAGAAUGAAAAUACAGAGCAAUCUGCGGAAAUCGUGGAUUUGAAGAAAGAUUUGGUCAGACUUGAAACGAUGAACAACCAGCUUUCGGAAGAAUUGGACGAACAGAAGCAAACAAACAAUGAGAUGGAAAAAGCAAUGGAGCGGAUUGAACAAAAACUUUCUGCAAUGAAGAAACCUCAACAGGUUCAAUCUGGAAACCAACAGAGACUGACGACAACGAUCCAAACAACAUUGAAACCGACCCCUUCCUCAGAAAACUGCGAAUUGAAGGUUGGAAAGAUCUGUUAUAUUUUCGUGUUGCAAAAAGUUGACUACGACACAGCAGUUGAUAUUUGUAAAAGACGUAACGCGGAUGUUGGUUUGAUCCGAAAUGAAGAACCUUACAAUGCGAUUGUAAAAUAUUUGGCAAUAAACGAUUUGCCGUGGAUUAAUAUAUGGACAGGAAUUCGCUUUGAUCCAAUGACCCGUGACGUCACACCUGCAGAUUCAUUCAUCAAAUGGGGUUCAGGCUUCCCGCACAUUGGAAUCAAUCGUAAACAUUUCACAAAUGUUUAUAUUUAUGCUAAUUUCGAUUUGAGAUAUCAAGCAAUGGAGAAUGGUGCGCCUACCUGGAAGGUAGAUGGAGUUAUUUGUGAGAUCCUGAUAUAAUGAAACGUCUGGCUGGAUUAUUUUGUUCCUCUGGAUAUUUCAUCAGUAAAAUAUAAAUCUUUGAUUCUAAUUUUAAGUUUAUAGGAUUGAUGUUUUACUUAGAUUAAAUUGUUGUAUAAAAUUUAUUAAGAUUUAGAUUCAAAAUUCAAACACUAAAGAGUCAUUUAUCUGCUAGUUUUGUUUGUCUUUGUCAAUCAACUUUUUUGAAUACUGAAGGUCGAGAUGACAAAUUUAAAGGUUUUAAUUCUUAAUUUGCGUAAUGUCAAAGUUCGGAAAUAAUU